AUUUCGAAAUUGGGUGUAUGUGCUAUUAGUAGUAUUUACGAGGGUUAUUUAGGUGAUUCGUGGAUUUAAUAAGCUUGGCUUGUAUCGGAAAGGGAGGCAAAAUUGUAGGUAGUAGUGGAUAUGAUGAUGCUGAAGCCAUUUUUUGGUAAAAAAAAUAAGAUUGAUCGUCAAGUUGCCUUCGUUGUCAUAAACAUUUAAUGUGCCUCUUUUCAUCGCCACAGGUACCAGCUUAACUUGGUAACAUUCUUGAGGAUACGUGUAUUGAUGGCUGUAUGUUUAUUUAUUUAUUACGUAUACAAUGCAUUGUGCCGAAGUCUGCAAGAGUCAUCGAAGAUCCUGUCCAAUACAGCCACAUUUGCUGUUAACACUGCUGUGCAUUCUUGCAGUGCCAAGCCUGGAACUUGUCACCAAUCUUAUGGGAAGGCCUGGCGAGGGGUACUACAUUGAAGUAAAAAUUGGAUCACCACCUCAAACUUUCAAUGUUCUUGUGGAUACAGGAAGCACAAAUUUUGCCAUUGCUGCAGCCCCAGAUCCAAAUGUGGAGAAUUUUUUCAACAGUUCAAAUUCAAACACUUAUGUAUCCCACCACAAGAAGGUCUCUGUCCUGUACACACAGGGUUUCUGGGGUGGAGAGUUGGGAAGUGAUGUCCUUAACUUUCCCCCUCUCUUCACUCCUCUAGUGAGAUGUGAUAUUGCUGCCAUAAAAACAUCACACAAUUUCUACAUGAAUGGUUCCCACUGGCAGGGUAUUCUGGGGCUAGCAUACCCUGUGAUAGCACAACCCGAUCGGAAUGUUGUCUCGUGGCUUGAAGCACUCCAGCAUCUGAAGAACAACCAAAGUGUUGCAUUUGCACUAGAGCUCUGUGGAUCUGAAGGUGAUGGAAGCAAACAUACUGGUGUGUUUGAGAUAUUGGGAAAUGGGAAUGAAGGAGCAGAGCUGUGGACAUCACCCAUAGUGAGAGAGUGGUUUUAUGAAUUAUUACUGCUUGGUAUCAGUAUUGGCAAUAAAACAGUUGAUCUGUCCUGCCGAAAGUUCAAUACAGACAAAACUAUUCUGGACAGUGGCACAACCAGCCUAAUGUUACCAACUGAGGUGUUCAACGUGGUGGUGAAGUUGUUGAACUCGUCCAUUACACAACAGAGUGUUCCGAUUUCUGAUGACUUCUUGAUGCUCCAGAAGAUGUUUUGUUGGAAGGACCCUCUGGACUGGACUCACUUUCCCAACAUUAGUCUUUCCUUAGCUCACUCAGACACCUCAUACUUUGUUCUACAACUGCCUCCGCAGUCCUAUAUAAAGAGGGUGUCCAACAACUCUGAGGUGCUUGGCCUACAGAACUGCUAUAAGUUAUGUAUCAAGUCUUCCAAGACGGGAACAGUGCUAGGCGUUGUUGUAAUGGAGGGUUUCCGCAUAGUCUUCAAUCGGAGCAGCAAGACCGUUGGGUUUGCUAAGUCUCCAUGUGGCCCGGCAGUAGAUGUGUUUGGACCAUUCAAAACAAAACGUGACAUGAAGAGAUGUGUGAAUCCAACACCACUUCCAAAUAUAAGUGCCUUAACUGUGGCUGCAUACGUCAUAGCAGCACUAACAAGCAUGUAUGGUGUGCUGGUGGGAUACAUCUUGUGUCACUGGCUGUGGGAGACGUACAUCAAGCAGAAGAUGACUAGAAGCAUGAGUGAGACCAGUAUCGUGAGCAGCAACUGAGGAUGCCAGUCUGUGAUCCGUGCACCUUAUUUGAGAGGUGCUGCUGUCACUGUGUGUAAUGUACUUAUCUAUUGAAGUUUCUUUACAUCUUCAUAUUUUAUAUCUACAUAGAGUGAAAUUUCUAUUUUACAUACUUGAAGAGAAGACUAAAUUUUGAUGUAAAAUUGGGAAAUUUAUGAGGGAAAUAAAAAGUGUGAGUGUGUGUAUAUACUAAAAGUACAAAAAUAACACUUGUUAUAUAAUAAUAUUAUUUGUUGCCCCCUAUUGAGCAUUUUUUAUUUUAUUAAAAUUAUUUCAUCAAAUUAUAUAAUGGUGACUGAGAAGUGUAGAAUUGGCUGGAUAUAACCAGAAAGGAGUAUUUUUGUGGGAUAAUCAACCGUUUAAAUCUCAACUUAUGGUAUUACAGCUUCAUGUAUAAACACUUUUUAGUUUUAGUAGUGUCCUGCUGGUGUGUGUGUUUUUACUGUGAAUUUCUGUAGUCCUUUGGGUUUUUUUUUGUAGUGGACCAGAUUCUUUGCUAUGAUUAAUAUGAACUUUAAAUUAUAUUUCAGUUUAAUAUUUUUAUCAUACUAGAGACUUCUGCAGAAGAGGUAAUUAAGUAUGUGUUCAUGUUUUAUCAGCAAAAUGCAGGGUGAAAGUAUAAUAUAAAGGUAGCUAAUAAAUCUUUCAAAAUGUGGCAUA